CGUGAGGCCAGCGGCCGCUCCGUUCCCUUCUCCUCCCCAGGCCGGGCCCGCAGGGGAGAGCGACGCUGACCAGGCGGCUCCGUCCCGGCGGCAGCCCCCCACCCGCGCUCCGCUCCGCCUCCGAUAAGCAGUUUGAGGACUGAAGGACCUGCUCAAGGGAUCAUCUGCUCUUGAGGUUGCAGAGGUGCUAAAGCAUGGCUGACUUGGAUCACAACCUCAGUCUGGCGGAUGCUCUGACAGAGCCACCUCCUGAGAUCGAGGAAGAAGUGAAAAGGGACUUCAUCGCCACUCUGGAAGCAGAGAAGUUUGAUGAUGUGGUUGGAGAAACAGUAGAUAAAACAGAUUACGUUCCUCUGCUGGAUGAUGAUGAUGAUGCAAAACCUGGGAGCCAGGAACCAAAAAGCAAAGCCCAUGCAGACGGUAUUCUGGUGGAACAUACUUCAGCUUCUGGGCCAACAGUUGUGGAAAAUGGUGACCAUGGGAUGGAAGAUCACCACACAGUAUUCCCAGGGGAAAUCAUGGAUGAAAAGCUGUCUUACAAAGAAUUUCUGGAUCGCAAUGACACCUGGACAGUGGAUGACAGAGACCUGUGCUUCGAGCCACAGCCCAUGUUCAAACCCAUGGACAUGGCUGACCCCUUCAGCAUGCACAGAGGGGAGAACCUGCCUGAUUUAUCCUUUCCUACUGACGUGAAGAACGUGUCGCUGUUCCCGGGCCACGUCGCUGCUGCCGCUGAUGUCCACGCACCACACGGAUCUAUGAUGGUACCUGAACAACCUUUCUUGGGCCCUUUGUACUCUCCUGCAGAGGCUCUAGACCCGUCAGCCUUCGUUGGCCUUGAUUCAACUGCAGAGUACCUGCAAGACAGAGCUGUGCCUGAAGAACAUUGGAUGGGAGCUCAGCACAAUGUGAAGGGACCAGAUGCCUCUUUCUUUGAGCCACCAGUGCCCCCCACAGUGACUGAAGCAGUGAAGCCAAGUUUUCCAGAAAGCCCUGUGGCAGUGGCUCCUGGUCUCGUUCCUACUGCAGUAACAGCAUCCCCAGGAGAGGCUGAAGCUGCUGAUGGACCACAAGGUGAGGCGUCAGAUGCAGCGUGUGUUCCUGCCUCAGAUGCCACGGCUGUCUGUGCAGAAAAAGCUGGGUCCAUCCUUGCAGGAGACACCAAGCCUCCCCAAGCUCUGGAUGCUGGGUUUGCACCUGCAGCAGAAGCCAGCCCUCUUCAGGCUAUGGAUGUUGGGUUUGCUCCUGCACCAGAAGCCAGGCCUCCUAAUGCUGUCAGUGAUGGAUCUGCCUCAGUGGCAAGUUCUGGCUUCACCCCAGCAGCAGAUGCUACAUCCCAUUAUGCUAUGGAUUUGGAGUUUGCCCCAGCAGAAGAUUCAGGGUUUGCCCCAGCAGAAGAUGUGGACUCUCACCAUGCUGCAGAUUUGGCAUUUGCCCCAGCAGCAGAUACUACAUCCCAUCAUGCUAUGGAUACAGCAUUUGCCCCAGCAGCAGAUACUGCAUCCCAUCAUGCUAUGGAUACAGCAUUUGCCCCAGCAGCAGAUACUGCAUCCCAUCAUGCUAUGGAUACAGCAUUUGCCCCAGCAGCAGAUACUACAUCCCAUCAUGCUAUGGAUACAGCAUUUGCCCCAGCAGCAGAUACUCUGUCUCAUCACGUUAGAGAUGCAGAUUUUGCCCCAGCAGCAGAUGCAGAGUUCACCCCUGCUGCAGAAGUCAACCAUCAUCAGGCUGUGGAUUCUGGGUUUGCUGCUGCAGAAGCCAAGUCUGUCUCUGCAGCUGAUACCAAGGUUGCUGCAUCUGAAGACCUGAUGACAUCAGAGUUUUCUCUUGAGCAAGACAAGCCACCCCUCGCCAAGGCUCCUGCAGAAGCAGCUGCACAUGGGGAACAAGAACCAAAACUCCCAGAAGCUCGUGCUGAUGUGUCAGAGAAAGCCAAAGACAGCACACCACCUCCCAGCCAGCACCAAGAGCAUCUUCCCGAGCAGACAAACCAUCUUGCAGAGGCAGCAGUUCCAGCAGAAGCAAAGGAAGCCGUUGCACUAGAAAAUAAAGACCAGUGUGUUACUACUGUGGAUGUGACUGUUACAGAGAAACAACAGGAGGAGGCUGAACACAACCACGUCCAACACGCAGAGCCCCUGCAAGAGCCCACAGGUCUCCCCACUGCACAAGUAAGGCAAGCUAACAAAUCGAGUGAACGCAGGUUUGGCAGAGCAAAACCUGCACCAGUGCCUAUCACAGAUAUACCAGAGGGACGUCCUCUAGGUCUGCCACAGCAGAAGAGCACUGACCCAAAAGCAGAGCCUUGUUCUGUAGUGGAAGUUGGCUGUGUUGCUGGAGCAUCCCCUCGCACCAGGGUGCCACAUCAGGGUGCGCUGUCAGAGCUUGUGGAAAGCUGCGGAGAUCUGCCGAGGAACAGCUGGGAUUUGGAAGGUUCUCUGGCCGUUGUGAAGAAGAAGAAAAAGAAACCCAAACAAAAGAGAAGCCAGCUGCCAAGGACAGUGGAGUUCUGGGAUGAGAACGGAACAGCCUCCAGAGCCGCUCGAGGUUCUCCGUCUGCCGCUGAAGGGCUGAAGCCAGAUGUGUGUCCCGUGGCGCCUGCUGGAGCUGGCAAAGAGCAGCCGGUGGCCUCGGGAAGCAGAGCUGCAGAUACACCAAAGGAUGCUAAAACAGCAGCUGAGGCUCACAUCCUGGAUGAGCAAAAUGCCUCCUCAGUGGCAGCGGCAGGAGAGCCAGCCCAAAGCCCCGGCGUGCCGCUGGGACCUGGGCUGGAUGCCAAACCCAGGGGCGGCGUGACAACAGAAGUGAGGGAUGACAGGCUGAUGUUGCAACCUAAAGGCAAAAGAAAGGAGGUUCCCUCAGAGCCCAUAAGCAAGGCUAAAGUGGGGGAAUGUGUUACAGCAAAGGGGCCAGCCAAGCCUCUGGAAGGAGAAGGUCUUGAUGAAAAUGAGAAGGUGGUGUGCAAGGAGGCAGAACGUGAAGCGAUCAGUCACAGCGAAGCAGAGACCCCUUCACAGACCAGACCUUCAGAAUCGCUCCUCUCUGAUGGAGGGAAGGAGGCAAAAUGCACGUCCCCCAGGCAGGAGGCAUCCAGUGACACCGGCCUUCCUGAGCUUCAGCCUUCCAGCGGGGCACUGGAAGCAGCAGCCAAGAAAAGAGGGAGCUGUGACAGAAACAGAGGGGGCGGAAAGGAAUCCUCCCAGGGACCUGCUCUUCUGCAGGAUGAGCUUCCUAGGGAGCCAGAGGCAGCUGAUGAAGCCAAACCAGUGUCCUCCAGCGUGGCUGUAGAGUUUAGGACUUCAGAGGGAGCGGUGAAGGCCCCCACAGAUACUGCCAGGACACCUCUGACACCAUUCCUUGUACCAAAAGCUGAGGAGGCCACUGCUUUGCAGAACAGGGAGGCUGGGAGUUUGCCAGAGCAGCUGUUUCUUCUGUCAGCAGAGUCUGAUGGAAGCAACCCCCCCACUUCUGCUGAGGCACAGGGCAGAACGGUGGGAGAAGGUUCCCCAGAUAACAGCAAAGGGAAAGGGUUUAUUGCACUAGAGCAGCAGGCUGGAAAAGAUGCCAGUACUGCACAGGGGAUGGACAGGGCCAAAAAAAAGCGUGGUGAGGGGAAAGGAAGAAAACCCAAAAGCUUCUGUGAGCAGCUGAUGCUCCCAGAGGAUGGGGUGAGGGCAGAUGAGGCUGUGAAGGAAACACCUCAGUCUGCUAAGGGCAGAGGUUUUAGUGCUCGAGGCCACCAGGCAGUGAGCCUGAGCCGUGUGUCUCCUGCAGACAAGCCAAAAAAGAGAGGGAGUGAUGGAAAGAGCAAAAGAGGUGAGAGAAGUUUUCUCCAGCAGCCUUCUCUUGAGAGUAAGGCUCAACCAAGCAGUUUUCCUGAUGUAACUGAUAAAGCAAAGGAGGUUAAUGAUAAAGGCAGAGAGAGGGGGUGUCACACCGCUGAGUGGUUCCAGGAGAGGGCACCAGCUGUAACCACAACGCAAAGGGCAACUGAACUGGCAGCAGAGGAGCCGAGGGGAAGCGUUGUGAAAGCUGAAAUGGCUGGUUUGGGUCCUGUAGCCCAAGCACCCCUGCUGGAGAGUGGGAGAGGGGAAGCAAGGCAUCUGGCCUCGACUGACUCCAUCAGCAAAACUAAAGAGGCAGAUGCGAGUCAUGGGGGCAGGGAGGCUGGAGUUACCUCUGCAGGUGUGAUACACCCUGAUGCUGGUGCUGCAGUGGUGAUACACCCUGAUGCUGGUGCUGCAGUGGUGAUACACUCUGAUGCUGGUGCUGCAGUGGUGGCAGACAAGCCCAGGAAGAGGGGUAGUGAUGGGAAAAGAAAAAAGCCUGAACGAAGUCCUUUGGGGCAGGCAGCUGUGCUGGAUGCUGGGGUGGAAACAAGCAGUCUCCCCAGCAAAGAGAAGGUGCCUGGAAGCACGAAAGAAAUGACCUUUGAUAAAGUGUCUGGUUUUGAGAGAGAGCUUUUGCUGGAGAACCUGACAGGGAGAACCAAAGAGGUGCUGGACAAGCCUGAGCUAACAGGUGGCAACAGAGGAAGUUUCUCUAAUCAGCCAGUUCCUUCAGGUCAUAAAAUAGAGGCAUCAGAGCCAGAAACAGUCAACACUAAAGAAACUCAGGCCACAGAUAAAGGUAGGGAACUGGAGACCUGCCAGCCUCCUGCAGAGCACAGGACAGGCACUGCUGUGGCACACAGUCCAGCCAGGGAGCUGGUGAUGGACAAGCCUAGCAGGAAAGGUAGAGAUGUGAAAGGCAAAAAGGCUGGAGAUAGUCUGGAGCACUCUGUUGUGCUGGGUCCAGGAGACAUCCCUGCAGCAGGUGGAGAGAUGGGAAGUAAUAAACAAACUCAGUCUUCUGACAAAGGCAAAGCAGCUAAUUGCAGUGCCUUAGCAAGUCUGCUGGGUGGCCUGACUGGCACUACUGAAGCACAAGCUGCUGCUGUACCUGUGGAGCCAGGAAAAGCACACACAGGCGGUGAAGGGAAGGGCCAAAAGGUGGAGGCUAACUUGCAGCAGCCGUUUCUUCUGGAGCAUAAAGCAGACACAGAGGUGUUUCCUCCUCGUGACCUGGAGCUAACUGGUAAACCUGAAGCAGCAAGUCCCUCUCCUUGCAGCAGUGGGGGUGGAGUUGCCCUCCAAGGGCAUCCAGCUGUGGCAGAUCACGCUUUGGCCACGGCUACCGAGAGAUCUAAACAGAGGGGUUGUGAUGGAAGUAGUAAGAAGGGUACAAAUGCCUCUGAGCAGCCUGUUUUCCUGGGGACAAAAGCAAACAGGAGGGAAGUGCAGCCCCCCACGCAGUCUGAGGAGCACUAUGGAAUGGAAGACAUGUAUUUGGUAGAUGAAAACAGAAACAUUAAGAACUUCCCCACUGUCCCUCAGAUGCUUUGGGAUAAUAAAGGGAGGGACUUGGAGUUCCUUGCUCAGGCUGCAGUGACUGGCCUUGACAACACUGGCAGUGCUUCUUCUGGCUUCUCAAAGCAGGGAGAUCAGGGUGCAAAAAGUAAGGGGCUUCCUCCCCCUGAAGCAGGAGCAGAGAAAAGCAGCAAAGAGCCUGGAUCUGCUGCUGAGGGGGGGACACAGACACUGAAAUCUUGCGAGCAGCCCAUCCGUCUGGGACACAAAGAGCCUGGGAAAGAGGUUUCAGAGAAAGAUGGAACCAAAGAGCCUGGUUCCCAGGAUGGCAGUGAGGCAGGGAAACCACUUCAUGAUCACCCAGUUCCACGGGACAUUAAAUCCCAGAAGGACAAAGCUCACGUCUCUCCCGUGGCAAAGGUGGGUGACAAAGCAACGAGAAGCUCGGAUGAAAAGCACCCCAGUGGCAGCACUGCCUCACAUCUCCCUCAGAGGGUGGCAGACUCAAAAACUAGACCUGCUCCCGUAGGUGCCAAAGGGACAGAAAAGCCAGAGGCAGUGGUCCCUGCUGGAGAGAAGGGCCCUGGGUGCGCUACCCCAGCACUCGCAGCGACAGCACAGAGCAAAGCAGAGGCUGCCCCGUCACAGGCUGUGGCAGGAGCAUUGGUGCAGAGGAAGAGUGAGGAGGCUGAGCUGGAUGGAGGCCAGAAGAGCCAGCAGAGCUCACCCCAGCACCCAGGAGGUUUGGACAACAAAGUGGCCGAAGCAGAGGCUGCUGGUUUAAAUCUGACAGCUGCCCCAACAACCCAGAUAAGUCCUAAAGAGAACAAUAACGGCCGUGCUCAGGCUGCAGAAGAGGAUGCAGCUCAUGCUGGGGAUGCUCAUCUGAAGAAGUUGAACUCUGAAGGAGAUAAACCCCAAGACACAACUAAAGAAAAAGAAGAACGUGAACAAAAAGCUGCGAAGGAGGCCAAGAAGGAGCGAGUGAAGGCAGCAGAGCAGAUCAAAGGCUACAUGAGACCCACAAAGUCAAGAGGAUUGCCAAGUCUGCCAGCCAGGUCUGCUGCUCCAGACAGAGAGAAACAAAGGCAGCUGAAAGCCCUUGGUGUGAGCCGGCCGAGGCAAGAGCAAGCUAAACCAGAAGAGACCAAACCAGCCGAAGCUGUGACAGGGAACGAUAUCACAGCACCUCCCAACAAGGAGCUUCCUCCCAGCCCUGAGAAGAAGACAAAGCCUGCUGCAUCCACAUCAUCUGCAAAGCCUGCAGCAACGAAAGCCAGGCCCCUGGCCACCACCAGCCCCAGGAGGCCAGCCUCUGCCACGCCUGGCCCAAACAAAAAACCCACCAGCCCUACUGCAGGUCCUACUUCAGCCACCAGCACUAAACGCCCAGCCACCAGUACUACACGUCCCUCCACCCUAACUCCAAAAGAGACUAAACCAAAGGUUGCAGACACAAAGGCCACGGAGAAGCGGAGCUCUCUCUCGAAGCCUCCCUCCUGUGCCACUCCCCGAGCUGCUGCCAGGAGCACCCCGACUGCUCCCAGGACAACGGCCGCGUCCCCGGUCACCCCAGCUGCUCCUCCCAAAAACACUGCCACUUCUCCACCCAAGAGGCCAACCUCAAUCAAGACUGAUGCAAAGCCCACGGAUGCCAAGAAGACCUCUGCAAAGUCACCAUCAGCAGACCUGAGCCGCCCCAAGAGUGCUGCGGGGAGUGCGGUGAAGAGCAGUGCCAGCACGCCUUCCACCACGGCCUCCAGCGCACCUCCCUUACCCGGAGCAGCCCCCGGCCGGCCCAAACCCAAAGCUGCUGCCACCAAACCCGCCGCCAGCUCCGGCGCGACGGCCGACGCCAAGAAGCCGCCGGCCAAGGCUGCAGCUAAAGCCAGCAGCGUUCCCAAGCCGCCUCGUCCCGCCAGCAGCGUCUCGGCUCCCGACCUGAAAAACGUCCGUUCCAAAAUCGGGUCAACGGAUAACAUCAAACACCAGCCGGGCGGAGGGAAGGGGAAAAUAGAGAAAAAGCCAGAAUCAGCCGCUGCUGCUGCCCGAAAGUCUGAACCCAAUGCGGUGUCCACAGCGGCUACUGCUAACACAACCGUAUCAAAAGAGGGUGUCCCCAAACAGCCCAAUGGGAAAGUCCAGAUAGUCUCCAAAAAAGCGAACUACAGCCAUGUUCAGUCCAAGUGUGGUUCCAAGGACAAUAUUAAGCAUGUCCCUGGAGGUGGGAAUGUGCAGAUCCAGAACAAGAAAGUCGACCUUUCCAAAGUGUCCUCGAAGUGUGGCUCUAAAGCAAACAUCAAGCAUAAGCCAGGGGGAGGAGAUGUCAAAAUCGAGAACCAGAAGCUGAACUUCAAGGAGAAGGCCCAGGCCAAAGUGGGUUCUCUGGACAACGUGGGACACUCGCCAGCAGGAGGGACCGUGAAGCCCGCCGUGCCGUGCCAGGCCGAGGGCAGCGUGGCGCCAGGGCAGCUCCCGCCAGCCCCUCGGGACGGAGCGGUGCCCGCGGCGCCGGCCGGCAGCGACACGCGGCACAACGGCAUCGGGCCCGCCGUGCCCAGCGCCCUGGGCGGUGCCGACCCGAGGGAGCUUCCGAGCUUCGAGACCCAGAUACAAGAAACAAAUUGACUCUCACGAGCCGUCGUUCCGUGAGGAGGCCGAGGCUCGGACGGACCACGGAGCGGGAACCGGCGUCUCCAAACCCCCCCAACCUUCCCAGCAGCACUUUCCCUGCCGUAGCACACCGGCGGCAAGAGCCCGGCCCCGGCGCCGCAGCCGCAGCCAGCUCCCCUCGCAGCGCUCCCCCAGCAAGGCUCGUGGCCCCCGCUGACAGCUUUGGCUCUCUUAACCCCCCUCUGCCUUCAGAUGGGACGGGGACGGGCGCCUGGGGCAGGGGGACGGGGGUUGCUCUGGCCCUAGCCCCAGCCUGAGGGGCUGCAGAAGGGCCUCUCCCCCUCCUCCUGCUCUCAGAGGGCACCGGAGCGAGCGCUGGGCUGGCGUGUGGGGCCGGGCCGGGCUGAAGCCAGACCUGAAGCCAGGCCGGGGUUAACAGGGAGAAGCUGUCAUCCUUCUGUCUUUCUGUCUUUCUUUCUUUCUUUCCACCUUUCUUUUCCAAACCCCAACCUCCUCCUCCCCUCCUCUCCUCCUCCUCCUCCCGCCGCCGCUCCAGCCCUGCCCCCCGUUUGAUGAUGAUGAUGAUGAUGAUAUAUAUUUACACAGACACGUUUAGGCUGUUUUAACUGUUGACUUUAAACCUUUUAUCCUUCGUGAGGCCGUGUUGAUGAUUUAUCGUGCUCCAGACCCACGCUGAGUCUUCCUCCUCCUCUCCCCUCCUUUCCCUUUAACCGUAGGAGAGUAGGGACAUUACCCGCUGCUGCAGUGCUGGCUUCUGACUGACAUAUCCAGCCCUUGUAACUCUUCUGUGGUUGGUUUGGGGUUUGGUUUUCUGGGCUGGGGGGUGGGGGGGAGUUGUUUUGGGGUUUGUUUUUGGGGUUUUAAGUGUUUUAAGCCGCUGGAGCGAUGUUUGACGGGAUUAAAGCCACGUGUGAGACGAAAGGCGACAGGGAUGUGUUAAAAGGGAGAAGGUGCCGUAGCGGAUCAGACAAAGCCUGUGUUGGCUGCAACCAGAGCUUGAACCGGGGCUCGGAACAGCUCCUGCGGGGCUCAGGGACGCCCAGGGACGGUUGAGGUUGGUUUAGUUACUGACUGGCACGGCCAGAGCCCCGGGGUUGGGGUGUGUGGUUGAGGGGACGCAGGAGGUUGCAGGUUAACGCAGGCACGGCGGCGAGGCGGACGCAGGAGCGCGGCGUGUGAGAGGCCGAGGGACGGCGAGCGGCGUCCUCGGGCUGAGCAGAGGGAGCAGGGGAGGGCCAGGGCCCCCUCUCCCCGUGACCGAGGGAGGGAGGGAGGCAGAGUGGCCGGGGCAGGGGAAAGAGGUUCCUAACGCCCAGCUCUGAGCAGCGAAGGACGUUGGAACCUGGCUCUGGGGAGGUGUGAGCUCCUCGAUUCGUGUUGCAAAUGACACUAAAGGGAUGGAAUGUCAAUGAGUCCAAAAAAAACCCAGAAAAAAGGAAAAAACUAUAAAAAAGAAGCGUUCUUGGGUCGUCAGAACUCACUCAGAGCAAAGCAAAGCACCCCUAGAGAGGCGGGAGCAGCCCUGCGGAGGGGCUGUGCGGAGGGGCUGUGCGGAGGGGCUGUGCUGAGGGGCUGCUCAGCAGGGGCAGAGGAGGGAAGCCUCGGGCUUCUCAUGCUGGUGGGAGGACUGGCAGUGGGAGAGCCGGCACUGGCACGACACCCCGGGCUCUGUACUCACACACGGACAACAUUCGGUAUUGCACUUGUAUUUUUAUAUUAAAGUUUGCAUGAUUUCUAAUAAAAUGGCAUUAAAACGUACUAGUUUGCAUCACGGUCGUCUGCUAGUUUCAUAAGUGCUUUUAUUUGUUCCUUUUGGUCCUCUGGAUACAAAUUGAAAUCAGCAAUGCAGAUUUGCACCUGGAAGGGGCUGUUAUAUAUACCCCAGGUAACACCCACUGCUUCCUUCUUCCUCCUCCUCCUCCUCCUCCUCCUCCUCCUCCUCCUCCUCCUCCUCCUCCUCCCUGCUCCAUCUCCCACUGUCCCUCCCAGGGGCUGAAAUUCCACCCUCCUUCCCCAAAUAUGAGGCAGACACUUGUCUCCAGCUCCGGGAUGAGGUUUCCAACCUCCUUUCCCCAGCUGUGCCGUGAUCCUUGAGCCCCUGCAGCUGGUCCCGGCCCGGGAGGGUGCUGCCUCCCCUCCUCCCCUCCUCCCCUCCUGCAUGCUGCCCGUGGUAUAUAUCACUGCCCCUUGGCUGACGCUUCCUUCUUUCUCUUACUGCUAAAUUCUAAACACCAGCUUGAUCUUGUCCAUCUUGGGGUGUUGUUUUUUUCUGGUUCUUUGGUUGUUUUUGUUGUUUAACACUUGAAGGGAAGGCUGGAGGAGAAGGGACUGAGAGCAGAAGAGCAGAAGGCAGGGCUGUGCCGCUUCCCCAGGCUGGUGUGGGUGUGCUGGGGGUUAGGGCAGGAGGGGGCCCUGAGCCCCGCUUCCCCCGGGCUGGAGCUGGUGGGGAGCCUGUGCUGGGGACAGAGCAGGUGGAGGCCGAGCUGUGGGGCACAGGGAGGCAGCAGGUCCGGGGCUCGGUUCAGGUGCCGCGGCAGGGAGGCAAAUGGCAACGUUGCACUUUAUCUUCUGAGAUGACAAAGAAUAAACCCCCCUAAAGGCGAGGAGAGCAGCAGGAGCCCAGCAGGGCCGGGGAGCCGCCUGCUGCCCCGUGGCUUUCGCGCUCGGGGGCUGCUGAGCAGGCUCGGGCACAGCUUUCGGGUGGCAUUUGGGCUGUCUCUGGCCGAGCACAAACCUUCCCAGACCCUCACACAGCUCAGCUGAGCUCAGACCCGCUGGCCUGUGCUUCUGUGCCACUUUCUCUAACACUCGUCGUGCCUGUGUUGUAGCUGACAAACUAAAUCCAGAGACACUAGCUCGGUGUGGUUGGCUUUUCUUCUUCUUCUAGGACAGUUCUAAUGUGGCUUUUUGUAACGUUCUGUUAAGGAACUGGCUGUACAUAUUGCUAGUCUGGGAAGAGACCUGGGAGGAGGGGUGGAAAUGGCUUUGAGUUUCCUUUCUGGAGAGGUGGGAGUGAGCUGGUUAGUGCUGAGACCUUAAUGAGGGCUGUGGAGAAGCUGCAGCUGCCUGAGCAGGCAGAGCAGGGGAAGGAGCUGUGGUGGAGAUCAAAAAGCAGGGACUUGUGGUGUGAAUUAGGUGCAACUUGAAUGUACUUGUUCCUGUCCCGAGAUGCCUCGUGCGGGUCCUGGCUGCGGAUGGGGGGGAGAAGGGAGGGCUGGGUCCCACUGGCUGGGACCUGCUCCCGCCGCCAGCACCCUGCUGGGGGUUGCUUUGGAGGGGGGUGAGCUGCUGGAGCAGUGGCAAACGCCUUCUGGGGCUUCUGGUUUUCUGCUGUUCAAGUACACUGAAGGCAGCGAGUGCGGGAGCAGGCGGCCGGGAGCCGGCCCCAGCACGUGGCUCCCCGGCCCUCGGGGGCCCGGCCCCAAACUGAAUGUAGUUUUCUAUGCUGACCCUCGGUGUUGUCCCCAUGGUGUGGGUGUGAGUGGGGCUGUAGGACCCGCCUCUCUCUGUGUCGUAAGGCGGCAGGAGCUGGAUGUCAGCCAUGUCUCUGGGGCGAGAGGGGCCCCUGUGUCCUGCCCUGGAAGGAGGGACCGGCCCAGCCCCUGCAGAAGGCCGAGUGGCUCAGCCUCUGGGCUUGGCAGAGCUGUCACCCCAAAGGCCUCAGGCUGGGGCAGCCCAGCGGCAGGGAACGUUCUCAUGUCUCCCCUUGGUCGCCACGGCCUGACAUCCAGCCCCAGCCCUUCCCCGUCCCUCCCGCGAGUCUCGCUGGGCCCCAGCUGGUGUCUAGAGCAAGAGAUCAGACACGAGACUCCCGUCCUGCACCCCGUGCUUGUGUCUGUGUGUGUGUGUGUGUGUGUGUCCCUGCACUCAGCACUGCCUGCAGCUUCUGGUACCCCAUAACACAGGUACAGCACAUCAGGGGGCAAUGGCAGCGCUGAGGGGGACGGAGCGUGGGCUGGAGGCAGGGCUGGGCCGUGGGACCAGGCAGGGCCCCGGCUCCCUCCCUGCCUCAGUGUCGCCGUGGGCUGGCGCCGCUGUGCCUCAGCGGGCCGUGGCGAGGAGCGAGCAGCGUGCGUGUUCUCUCACCGUGACGGUUCUGUUCCUCGCGUCGCAGGGCGGCUGCGGGCGGCCCCGGCUCCCGGGGCAGGGCACUGUGCUGCCUGGGCACCGGCCCUGUGCCGUGGCGGGGAAAGGGGGCUGGGGAGGGCUGGGAGUCGGUGCAGGGGGCGAGGCCUGAGCCAGGGCAGAGCCCCUCCUGCCUCGCAGUGAACGCAGACCCCCGGCUCCUGCCGUUGUGUCUCACCACCCCGGCAGCAGGGGCUGUCAGACUGUCUCCUUAGCAACAUUUCCUGACUUUGAUGUUGUGAUUCUUACUAUUGUAAAGGGUUGAAAUAAAGCUUCUAGAUGUUC